AUGACUUCCGCAUUGGCGACAAUGCCGACCGGCGAAUCCCAGCGCAAACGCCGAAGACCCCCAGUCUCGCCGCCUCCACCACGACGUGCGAGGCAUAAUCACCCUACUCCGACAAGUCUCACACAGGAAUCCGAUGAAGCUCAACCCCCUACCUCUACAUCUGAGGAUGUAAUAUGCCGUCUGACCAGGGUCCCGCAAAUCCCAAAUCAUACAUCGUCAUCUAUUGUGCAUCACUCGGCCAGUCCAUCUACUCCCGCCAGCCAGUCAUCAGCUCGCGAGAUCGAGGUAUUAAGAUCCAAGAUUAAGCAGCUCGAAGAUCAACUUGUCAAAGCUGAGCAGGCUUCUGCUCCAUCUAAUGUGGCGACUUCAAUCUGGGAUUCGAGAGCUAACUCUACCCAGAUCGCAGGCAUGUUCCAUGUGCGCCGCGAAGCUCCGUCCGAGGGCGAGGAGCCGACCAUGUCACGUUUUAUUGUACAUAAGACUCGCGUUUUGGGUCAGAGUCAUUGGAUCAAUGGCGUUGCCGAGUUUUUGGAUAUCCUGGAAUACCUCGAACCCACCCUUGCCAGUGGUAACUCGACUGCAUUGUUUGAUUUACAAAAGUGCAAGUAUAUAGGGAAGCUUAUGAAAGCUCAAAGAACACCACCGUGGCCGACAAUAGCAACCAAUGAACUGCCGCCGAAGGAACUGGCGGACCAGCUUGUUGAUAUCUAUCUACACGCUUUUGAAUCCAGGUACCGUGUUUUACACGUCCCGUCGUUCAAGAAAGAUUACGAAGCAUUAUGGGGCUCGGAUUCGCCGCCUGAUAUGGGAUUUAUCAUUCAGGUCAAGCUGAUCAUGGCGAUCGGCGCUGUGUUAUACGAUGAAAAUUAUUCUUUGCGGACCCAAUCUAAUCAUUGGGUCUACGAGGCACAAGCAUGGAUAUCAGAACCGGAUUUCAAAGCUCGACUCACUCUUCAGUUUAUUCAGACCUCUAUCCUGCUCCUAAUAGCUAGGGAAGCUGUCUGGGUUAACGGGGCAUUGAUCUGGAUCUCGGUCGGAGAAUUGCUUCGAACAGCAGUCUACAUGGGUCUGCAUCGAGAUCCUUCAUUUUUACCACAAAGAAACACCUUUGUAUCUGAGAUGCGCCGCAGGCUAUGGAACACGAUACUGGAACUUGCAGUGAAUACAAGUAUAGAUUCAGGUGGCCCUCCACUGUUACAUAUGGAUGACUAUGAUACGCAUCCGCCCGGCAACUUCGAUGACGAAGAUAUUACAGCUGAAGACCCGGCACCAAAACCAGAAGGAACCUUUACACAAAUGUCUAUUCCGAUAGCUCUUCGAAAGACUCUUGAUGCCCGACUCGCUAUUGUGGAGUCUUUGAAUGGAAUUGGCGUACAUUGUUCCUACGAAGAAGCUCUACGCCUAGAUACAGAGCUUCGCUCAUCCUACAAAGCAAUAUGUCGCACACUACAAGGAUACAGCUCUAACACCACAUCCGCACUGUCACCAUCAUCAUCCCCGUCUCAGUUUCAAAUCCGAGCACUCGACUUCUUAAUUCGCCGCUACCUCCUAGCUCUCCAUACUCCAUUCUUUCCUGCAUCUCUACACAAAACCUCAUACGCAUUUACCAGGAAGAUAGUCGUCGACACAGCACUUCAACUCUGGUGCCUCGUCAAUCCUUCCAAAGAUAUAAUGACCGUCCGACCGCAUUUCCCAAACCAAUCAUCUACGCCAGAUUAUCUCGCUCGACUAGCACUAUGUGGGUCUGGACCCCUUCGAACAACAACAACACAAGUCUGCUUCCUCAUGGCAGCUGAACUUAAACGCCAACUACAAGAAGAAGAUACCAUUGGGCCCGUACCUUUGCGACGAGAUCUUUUAUCUGUCGUCGAACAGUCCAUAGAGUGGACCUGGAAGUGUCUGGAAGCUGGCGAGACCAAUACAAAGGGGUUCCUGUUCUUAUCGUUAGUGAAUGCUCAGCUUCAUGGGCUUAUGCGUGGGAUUUCGGAAGAACAGUUCCCAGCUUUGUAUGUUGAGGCUGCGGAGAAGGCCCAGUCAAAGGCUGUAGCUCUGUUUGAGGAGAAAAUGAGCGGCCAUGAGAGGGAUAUCCAGGUGGAGUUGGCUGGGAUUAAUGACAUGGCGUGUGAAGAUUUACCGAAUCUACUAGGUGACUGGGACUUUAUGGUGAGAUUUACUAUGCCCUUUGAUUUUGGUUACCAUUGCUAA